UUCUCCCGACAUCGUGCAAGAGAAAAAAAAACCAUAAUGCUUGUUCUCUCUCUUUCACCAUCCAUGGUCGAAUUGGGGUUCCGUUCCGUUCCUCUGAAACAGCAGCUUCACCCACUUCGUGCAUCGGAAACCUUUGAGCUCUACCGUUUCAUCGAUGGCAAUCGCAAACUGGGUUUUGUUCCUCCUUCACAGUAUAGAAGUACGUCUCUUUAUCUUUGGAAACCUUUUGAACUUAGCACUAGCAAAAGUAGAAAUUGGAAGACAGGGCUUGCUAAGGGGCGCAGGAGAGGUCGGAACUUGGGUUUGAAGGUGAAAUCAGUGUUGAGUGUGGAGAAACCGGUGGAGAGAGGUGGGAGUGGAUCUGGAGCUGGAGAGAACUAUGAUGCGAUUGUUAUAGGAUCCGGAAUUGGAGGGCUGGUUGCGGCGACGCAACUGGCGGUUAAGGGAGCUAGGGUUUUGGUACUGGAGAAAUAUGUGAUUCCGGGUGGGAGCUCAGGGUACUAUCAGAGGGACGGGUAUACGUUUGAUGUUGGAUCGUCGGUGAUGUUCGGAUUUAGCGAUAAGGGUAAUCUAAAUUUGAUAACCCAGGCAUUGGAAGCAGUUGGGUGUGAGAUGCAGGUAAUACCUGAUCCGUCUACUGUGCAUUUUCAUCUGCCUUGUAAUCUUUCUGUACGAGUGCACAGAGAGUACAAUGAUUUUAUUGAAGAACUCACCAGUAAAUUUCCGCAUGAGAGGGAGGGGAUUCACAAAUUUUACAAUGAAUGUUGGAAGGUUUUCAAUGCCUUGAACUCAUUGGAGCUAAAGUCACUGGAGGAGCCACUCUACCUUUUUGCCCAGUUCUUUCAGAAGCCUCUGGAAUGCUUAACUCUGGCCUAUUAUUUGCCUCAAAAUGCUGGAGACAUAGCUCGGAAGUACAUAAAGGAUCCUCAAUUGUUAUCUUUCAUAGAUGCCGAGUGUUUCAUAGUGAGCACAGUUAAGGCUUUGCAGACACCAAUGAUUAAUGCAAGCAUGGUUUUAUGUGACAGACAUUUUGGGGGAAUAAACUACCCUGUUGGUGGUGUUGGUGGAAUUGCAAAAUCCUUAGCAAAAGGGCUAGUUGAUAAAGACAGUAAUAUUCUUUAUAAGGCAAAUGUGACUAAGAUUAUAGUUGAGAAUGGAAAAGCUGUAGGAGUGAAGCUGUCAGAUGGAAGGGAGUUCUUUUCUAAAACCAUAGUUUCAAAUGCAACUAGAUGGGAUACCUUUGGAAAGCUUUUAAAAGGGGAAAAACUUCCAAAAGAGGAGGAAGAUUUUCAAAGAGUUUAUGUUAAGGCCCCGUCUUUCCUUUCCAUACACAUGGGUGUUAAAGCAGAGGUUUUGCCACCAGACACAGAUUGUCAUCAUUUUGUUCUUGAGAGUGACUGGACCAAGUUAGAGGAGCCAUAUGGCAGCAUUUUUUUGAGCAUUCCAACUGUUCUUGAUUCAUCAUUAGCUCCAGAGGGACGCCAUAUUCUUCAUAUUUUCACAACAUCUUGUAUAGAGGAUUGGAAGGGACUGUCUCAAAAAGACUAUGAGGAAAAGAAGGAGCGUGUGGCAAAUGAAAUAAUAAGCAGAUUGGAAAGGAAACUUUUUCCAGGACUUAAAUCAUCUAUUGAAUUUAAAGAGGUAGGGACGCCUAAGACUCACAGGAGGUUCCUUGCUCGUGAAAAUGGUACCUAUGGACCAAUGCCACGUAAAAUCCCCAAGGGCUUAUUAGGGAUGCCAUUCAACACAACAGCCAUAGAUGGACUUUAUUGUGUUGGGGAUAGCUGCUUUCCAGGACAAGGUGUCAUAGCUGUAGCCUUUUCAGGAAUGAUGUGUGCUCAUCGAGUAGCUGCUGAUAUUGGGCUUGAGAACAGAUCUGUUGUAUUGGAUGCUGCACACCUUCGACUUCUUGGUUGGUUAAGGACACUGGCAUAGAAAUUAGAUGUUGGAUUCUUACGGUUUCAUGGUAUAUGGAAAUUCCAGGCUAAUUGCAAGAUCAUGCGGAGAGAACAACAGCCUACUGGUAGCAGAUGUGACAACAAGCAUGUAAGCCUAUUCAAAGAAGUUGAACUAUAUAAGAAUUAGCCUUUUAGCCUUAAUGAAGAGAGGUUGAUUGAUUAAUCAA